AUGUCGGCGGCGGUGCGCGCUGCUCUCGCCGCAAAGAGGGCCGAACAUCGUUCGCGCUCCUCCUCGCCGUCCAAACCGAGCACUCCGCUUCGUAACGGAGACGACAGCGGCGACACCCUCACCAAGUCCAACCUCCUGCCGCAUUUCGGCCGCGAUCUCGAUGCUUCCAUAGCCAGCCCCUUCGGUUCGCCCAAGCCUGCCUCCAGGCCCGGCUCAGCAGCUGCACAGCGCACCUCCGCCUCGCCAGUGCCCGACAUGAAUCUCAACCAAAAGUCCGAAGAGGACAUCGUGCGUCUCAGCAUACAAAACGGCAAAGUCAACCUCUCCUCCCGAUCCCCAUCGCUCCAACAAGUGCCAGCGUUGCUCCUCUCCCUCCUCGGCGACGAUCCUCCGUCUUGGUUCCUCCAGAUCCCCGAAGAUGAUCGCCAGCCGUGGUACAUGCGCGAGGAAGUGCAUACCCUCCAGCUCAGCAACAACGAGCUCGCCUCUCUCCCAGAGAAGCUCGCCGAGUUCCGUGGCCUCAAGCGCCUCGAGCUCCACAGCAACAAGCUCCCCAGCCUCCCGCCCACCUUCUUCCAACUCUCCGCCCUCACCACGCUCACGCUCUCCAACAACGGCCUCACGUCUUUCCCACACUCUUUGCUCGCCCUCGACAACCUCGUCACGCUCAACCUAUCGCACAACAAGAUCCGGACGCUUUGGAAAGAGGGCGACGUCCAGUCGGCUCGCACCCAGCGCCAGGCUUGGGACAAGGAGAACCAGACGCAAGAGAACGGCGUCUGGGCAGGCCUCUCGCCCUCCAAAAAGGACCGCAAGCCGCUGGCUGCCAACGCGGAUGCCCUCCACGCACCCAUGCGUGCGCUUCGAUCGCUCGACCUCAGCCACAACCGCCUCUCCAACGCCGCUUUCGGCAUCCCGGACCUUGCCAACCGUCGCAGCAAGUCCAGCCAGAAUGCCGACGCCGAGCAGACCGGCGCAGUUCUGCUUCCCACAGGUCUCAAGACGCUCAAUCUCGGCUACAACAGCAUUCGCGGUCCGGUCUCGGUCUCUCUGUUCCACAACCUGGCUGCACUGGAAGAUCUUGGCUUGCAAGGAUGUGGCAUCGGCGACGACGUCUUCACCGCCGAGGGAUCAGUCGAGGCAUUCAAGGACGCCCUGCCCAGCUUAUCUGUGCUCGACCUGUCUGGAUGCGAGCUCGACGAUCUGGUCAAGAUCGAAGGCAUCUUUGGCUCGCAGCGCAUUCACUCCUUCGAUCAGGCCGUCGGUAAUGUGGAAGCACCCAGCAAGCCACAGGAAGCGAGCGAACCAGCUCAAGGCUUUUCGCGGCGCCAGCUCGUGCGUGUGCUCAACCGCCCCACCUCGGCCGACAUUGACAAGAUGCAGGACCGUUGCAACGCCAAGGCGCUGUGUCUUUUGCUUCAGGGCAACCCGCUUCGCGAGGAGGCUCUGCGCCAGAAACGCGGCGGUCGCUCGGCUGCGUCUCCCGAGAAGAAGGCCACCUCGCCAUUGCCAUCCAACGCCACGGCCUCGCGUGCCUCGCCGACUGCUUCCUCGGCAGCCAUCGCGAACAACAGCAGCGCCGCCAUCGCGACUGCCGCCACUGUCAACACCGCUGCCGGGGCGUCCCAGCUGCCACCCAAGCCCAAGGUCGUCAAAGAGGACUGGGAGAUUCUCGCCGAGUCCGGGCUCAACACCGAGCUCGGUCGGCGCAAGCUUCGCAUCGAACAGGCACGACGCGAGCAGGAGGCUGCUGCGGCCGCGGCUGCCGCUGCCGCUGCAGGGUCUGGAUCUCCCACCAAGGCCACCGACGAAGACUCGCAUCCUCGAGGUCGCAAACCCCGUGCGGCCGACGAAGGUGUCAGCUCGGAUCCUGACGCCGCGGGAUCCGGAACGGACUCGCGCGAGCGCGGCACCGCUGCUGGCACCGACGAGCUGGUGGACGACAAGGACUCCGGCAGCGCGCUCGCCAAUGCCAAGCUGAGUUCCAAGAAGAAGGAGGCGCUCGGCCAGGUCCCCUGCAAGUUUUUUCGGAGUAAUGGAUGUUCGGCCGGCGCAUCCUGUCCCUUUGCCCACACGCUCCCCGGAGAUGGUGGGCAGAAGUCCGUUUGCCAGUGGUUCCUGAAGGGCAACUGCCGCUUCGGCCACAAGUGCGCGCUUGCCCACGUGCUGCCUGGUCAGCCCAUGAGCAUGGAUCGCAAGAACAAGCGCGCUGCCCAGCAUGGGCAGCCUCUCCCGCAGCCGCCCCAGCAUGCCAUGGCAGCCGGCGCCAACGUGGCGGGUCAGCCGCAUCUGUCGCCGGCUGGUCAAGCGAAGAGCAACGCGCCCCGACAGGCUUCGUCGCAGCUUUCGCAGACGCAACCUCAGGGGCCUAAUGGCCCUCAGCAGGCACUGCCGAAUAGGGCGGGUGUGGCGGGACCGAUGCCAUCGCAGCUGCCAGUGCAAGGAUCCAAUCGCAACGCUUCGUUCGCAUCGCGCGACCACGAUCUGCCCUUCGGGAUGCCCGAGGAUCUGCACCCUGGCGGACCGACGAGCGGCGUGGCCAGCGCCGACAGGGCCGGCUUCGAAGGCGGUGCACUCGCGUCUGCCGCGGUGCCUGACGCGUCCAUGUCGACCUCGUUCACGGGAAGCACCUCGCUCCAACGACCUGGUUCGCUGUCUCAGAGCCUGAGUGCGUCUUUGUCCGCGCCUCAGCCCUUUGGUGGCCUGGAUUCGUCGGCGGCAGCUGCGGCGUUUGGAACGUCUGCAUCGGCUGCGCGCGUGUUUGGCUCGAGUCCGUUCAGCCACCCUGGCGGGCACUCGCUCUUCUUCAGCGGCAGCCAGGACUCGGAGGGUGGUGCCGGGCCGUUUGCGCGUUCCAACCGAGACACGUUCGGCGCGCGCAGUAUGGGUCGUAUGGACGACGGUGCGAGUUUGUGGAACGGCAUGCGCGCUGCGUCGUCGCAGUCGAUCGGGCGCGGCGAGCGCGACGUGGAAGAGAUCGAGGAUGCCGAGGACUUUUUGCCGUCGAGUCUGUCAGAUCUGCUAACGCCGGCGGAGCUGGAGCGGCGACGACGCAGCCACGGUCUGUCGAGCUCGUUUGCGGGCAAGGAUGAGCGCGUGACGGUGGCGCAGAGCAUGCCGUCGCACGCGGGCGCUUACGGGUCGUCGCUUGGCUUUGGCCGGUCGGCAAUCGGCGCCGAGCGCGCCAAGGCCAGCAACAUUGCCACGGGAUUCCAGCAGCAGAAACAGGGCGGUGGUGGGCUGGAUGCCUAUGCCUUCCGCGAGGGCGGCAGUCUGUCGAGCUCGGCCAGCCGGACGGCGGCGCACCAUGCGCCCGGUCAGAGUCUGCCACAGGGUCUGGCGGCUGGACUGAGCCGCAUGCAUCUGCGCACCGGUGGCAGCAGCGACACCGGUCUUGGAAGCGGCGUGUUUGGGUCCGUGGGAGGGACCGAAAGGUCAGCCUUUGCAUCGUCAUUCUCGCAGAGCUCCCAGCCUGCACUUCGCGUACCGGGCAGUCUGGACGAGUUUGCCUUGGGCCCAACAGCACCCUCAUCGGUGCUGCCACACCGUAGUCCGCUGGGCUUUGCGGUGGGUGGUGGGGCAGCAGGCCGGUUGAGCGGGUCGUUUGCCGAGCGUCCGUUGAACGGCGCUGUUGGUUCGCCGGGGAGUGCGGCCGGCUCGCCGUUUUCGCCGCCGCUGUCGGCGAUUGGAUCGCACCGCCAGCAGGCGCAUGGCGAGGGUGGCAUUGCAAUCCCCGAAGGCAGCGCGCAGAAACACUCGGCUGCGGCCGGGGCGAGGUUCGCGCCGCACCCGGCGACGCAGCGUCUCAGGGCGGGAAGCUCGGCCGCCGCACCACACUCGCCACUCACCCUGCCCGUCGUCACGGCGGAAGAGGACGAGGAGGAGGCGAUUUUCGAGCUCGAGUAG